GGGGGGCGCGGAGGUCUCUCCCCACCAUGGCCUUCACCUUCGCCGCCUUCUGCUACAUGCUGUCGCUGGUCCUCUGCGCGGCCCUCAUCUUCUUCGCCAUCUGGCAUAUAAUUGCCUUUGAUGAACUUCGGACAGACUUCAAAAGCCCAAUAGAUCAGUGCAACCCAGUCCACGCAAGAGAGCGGCUGAGAAAUAUUGAGCGUAUUUGUUUCCUUCUGCGAAAGCUGGUGUUGCCAGAGUACUCUAUCCAUAGUCUUUUCUGCAUAAUGUUUUUGUGUGCUCAGGAGUGGCUAACACUGGGAUUAAAUGUUCCUUUGCUUUUUUAUCACUUCUGGAGGUAUUUUCGUUGCCCAGCAGAUAGUUCAGAGCUAGCAUAUGAUCCACCUGCAGUCAUGAAUGCAGAUACCUUGAGUUACUGUCAAAAAGAGGCCUGGUGUAAGCUAGCUUUCUAUCUCCUUUCAUUCUUCUACUAUCUGUACUGCAUGAUCUACACUUUGGUGAGCUCUUAACUGAAAGAUCAUCGUUAAAGGCCGAAAACAACAAAGGCUGGAGGUGUGAGGAUGAGUGAGCCAAGUGAUGCAUGAGUUUAAAAAAAAAAAAAAAAAAAAAAAAAAAAAAAGCAAAGAGGAAAACUUUGAACCCAAGAAGUAGAGUACAUGAAAGAGACUCGGCAAGAAGAAGCAGAAUACCAUGGGAGAACAGCUGCGUUAACUGUGUUUAUCUCCUGUUUCUCAAUCUGUUGCAGUAAAUGACUUUCAACACACACACACAAAAAACUCCCAUGCAACAAGGUGGGCCAGGUAACACAACUAUUCACCUCUCCAGGAAUAAUGCUGCUUGGUUUAGUGGAUUCAUUAUAAACUAUAGUCCGUACUGUCUUCCAGGGAGCAAAAUUUCCUUUCUUAAUGACUGUUCUGGACGGCAAGAUCAUCUUAGAAAGAACAGCUAUACAACAUAUUCUGAAAAUUGCUUCAGUGUUUUUUUUUUUUUCCACCCAUAACAACAAUAACAAGAGCGUUUGCAGUUGCAGUGUUCUGUUCUAGUGAUAUGCUGUUCCUGUAGGUGAACAUCCAGUAUAUUUCUGUACUUCAGCUGUGAUGCACCAAUAACAUAGUGAUGUGUAUAAAUGCAUUGGGUUUGACCUAAUCAUGCCAAGCACAUAACAGAAUAGGGUUACUCUGACUGAAAAAGAGGAAAAGAAAAAAAUAAAAGGUAAAAGCUUACAUAUAUUAAGGAGGAUUGUAACAUAGGUAUUAUAUUCAUCACAAUGCUGGAUAACAAAGUACUGGACCAACUAAUCAUGGUCUGUUAUUCUGUGUUGCAGCUUUAUUUCUGCUGUCAAAUUUAAUUUGAAACAAAUAUACAAAAUGUU